GAACAAGAAGGACGCGGCCAAAAAGGCCAAGAACAACUCUGGUGGCGGUAAGUAUCCUUUUUGUCUUGUUCAUUUUGUUUAUUUAUUUUGUUUACUUUAAGUUUGAUACUAAUGCUGAUAUCUGUACUUAGUGACGAAGGUGACUGGGCGCGACCCAGGCGGUAGCCUCUCCCGCGCUGAGAGGCGCCAGCUUCGCCAAGCUGGUUUGUCCAACGUUGCCAUUGCCGCGAGGGCGGCAAUGGGUCCCAUCGCUUCCCUCGCCCCCCGCCCCCCGCCCGCCGCCGCCGACCCCCCAGCGCCCCUCCAACGUCUGCCUCUGGGGAGGCUACAGACAUUGAGAUGGGUGGUGUUCCGGCCCCAGUCGGAGGAGGGAGAGGAAGAGGAAGAGGAAGAAGUCCAAGAAGAAGAUGAUGAGAUCGAUUAUUCGGAUGACGGGGUCAUGUAGGCCUCUGGCCAAGGAAAGAGGGAGGGGAGAGAGACUACUCGGAUGAUGAGGUCAACAUUGACUUUUGAGGCAUACGAGAAGAAAAGAGAAUAAGGAGGAGGAAAAGGAAAAGGAAAAGAAAAAGAUGAAGAAAACCUCAGCCUGAGGAGAGGAAAGAGAAAGGUGAUUAAUUAUUUGGCCAAUUCUGCAGUAGAC